AUUUAAUUUUAUUAUGAUUAUCCUCCACAUAAAACUUUGAGUAAAUAAUUUGAAUACAUAAAUUGUUGGACCGUCAACUAGUACAGACUCUUCAGUUUUAUAUUUAUCGGCGCAUUGACUUUUUAGAGACGAAUAUGUGGCGCUUCAGCUUAUUUAUGAUAUAUAUCACAAUUAUUGGCGUAUUUUCACAUACGUGUAAUAUCAAUCAAACUAUGAAACAUCAACAAGUGGUACCUGAUGUCAUUCCUGUUGCUCCAAAAGAAAUAUUACAGGUGUCAUACCCAAGUGGAGUGAUGGUUAGUAUGGGUAAUAAACUCACACCUACUCAAGUAAAAAAUGAACCGUCUGUACGCUGGCCUGCUGAUGCAAAUGCUUUGUACACUCUUUGUAUGACAGAUCCUGAUGCUCCGAGUCGUAAGGAACCCACAUCUAGAGAAUGGCAUCAUUGGCUAGUUGGAAAUAUUCCGGGUAAUGAUAUUACUAAGGGUGAAACACUUUCUGAAUAUGUAGGCUCAGGACCACCACCCGAGACUGGACUUCACCGUUAUGUAU